CAGCAGCAGCAGCAGCAGCAGUCGGCGAGUCGGUGUUUCGACAGUCGUUUACUACCCGUCCGGCAUUGCGGUUGACGCGUCCAGUUUUUUUUUUUUCUCCGGUACACCUGUUCCUCCCUCAUACGGUUACGGACGGUUCCGUCUUUUGUCCGUUUUCUUUUUGGCGCCAUCCCGUCAUCGUAUCGAGUCGGUUUUUCGUCGCGUACCCCCCCUAGAUCCUCCCCAUUAUCCAUACAGCAUAAUAAUAUUAUUAAUCGAUCGUACCGAGUGCACGUGGUGAAUACAAUACGUUUUUAAUCAACAGACAUACCUGCGCCUACCUAAAUCAAAAACGAGCAGCGCACGCCCCAUCGCCUGCAGACGAUCCGUCGGAAGAAUCAGAUUAAAGAAAAGUUUGCCAAAAAAGAAAAACGCUGAAUAGUUUCCACACAUUUUUACACUUUGACAUGGUAGUAUUGUCUGUGGAAAUCUGAGUGACUACAGGGACUACGGGGACAUGUCGACAACCAGUGGCGGUGACACAAACUACAUGCAAGAGAACUCGGUGACUACCUUAUACAACGGUGAUCGAACGGUUGUCAACCAUAGAGUGUCGCCACCGUCUUCGUCCCAUGCUGACAGUGGUUUAGAUAAUUCCUAUCCAGAAUCAUCCGCUGGUGACGCUAAACUCAUUAUAGACGUGCCCGACUUUUCCAGAGAAAUGGAAACACCUCGCACGGGUAUUGAUAACCCGAGCUUUGAGACUGAUAAAACUGAUGUACCAAAACCUCUAACUAACGGGCAUAAUGGUACCGUUAAUCAAGAAAAGGAUAAAAUGGCUGAAGCUGUGAAUUUAGAGUUAAUUAAUAUGAAACCGUUUGCUAAAAGCAUUAAUGGCAAAGAAAACGGAGUUCCCAAGAAAAAAAAAGAAACUGCCGUCAAUUUGAAUGAUACGUACGAAGAUUACUUUAUCCCUGUGAAUGAGCACAAAAAAUACAUUAGGGGUGGAGAAAAACUGUAUGUAACCAAAGAUAAACGAGAUAUGAAUCAAUCUAAAAAACCAUUUAUUUGUUGGGUCUUUGGCUUAGUGUUAUUAGCUGCUGCUGUCAUUGUCGCGAUCUUAGCGUCAACUGGUGUAAUAUUCAAUAACGAAACCGCAGUGGAGAGUCGAAAUUUCAUGGAGAACGAGAAAAUCGCUGGAUUUGGUAAUCAUCAUGGACAUUUCUCAUCAGUCAGCCCCCCUCCUAAUAUAGAUAGCUCGAGUCCAUUCAGCCCUCCAACCACUGAUAUGUCAGGAGUGUACCUUCCUAGAACCGUGCAAGGUGAAAUUGUUAUCGACAAUAUGCAAUUUACUCCUGACUUAGCAAACAGAUCAUCCACAGAGUUUAUAACAUUAGCUAGUUCAAUAGAAACUGAGCUAAAAAAUGCUCUUUUUAAAAACCAACCAUUAAAUAGUGUUACUGAUGAUAUACAUAUUAAAGUUUUUGAAUUUUCUUCUGGAAGUGUAGUAGCUAAGUAUAGAAUAGGCUGGGAAUAUAAAGAUGACAGUGAACCACAGGAUCUCAUUGAUGCAGUUACUCUUUACACUCGAUUGGAUAGUUAUUUACGAGAGUCUAAUGGAUUUUUAUACAAUUAUAGAGUUCCUAUCCAUAGAUUGCGCUCAGAUCCUGUUUUGGAUAAAUGCAAAAUAAAUAACGGAAAAUGUUCACAUUACUGUUCUUACGAUUAUACAAGUUUAGAUUUUGUAUGUUCAUGUCCGUCUGAACUCAUCAUAAGUGAGAAUAUGAAAGACUGCAAACGAAUUAAUGUAAAUAAUGAUAAUAUAGAUGAUAUUAACGUUCAUGAUGAUAAGCACGAUGGAGAUUAUGAUUCAUUUCCGGAACUUGAACCUAGUUCGGUACCUGAAUCAAAAUCAGACGUAGAACCUGAAUUAAAGGCAGAACCUGAACCAAGUUCAAUACCUGAACCUAGUUCAGAACCUGAAGUGAUCGCUGAACCAGAACCUAGUUCAAAACCAACAAUAGAAGUAGCUGAAGUAGAACCUGAACAUGAGCCAAGUUCCGUACCUGAAGUAGAACCUGAACCAAAGCCAAGUCCAGAUCCUGAGAUCGUUGCAGAAUUAGAGCCUAGUACAGAACCAGAAGCAAAAGCAGAACCACAGCCAAGUUCAGUACCUGAAGUCAAAUCUGAACCAGAACCUACUUCAGAACCAGAAGUAAAAGCUGAACCGCAACCAGGUUUAGUAUCUGAAACAAAAGCUGAACCAGAACCUAAUUCAGAACCAGAAGUAAAAGCUGAACCGCAGCCAGGUUUAGUAUCUGAAACAAAAGCUGAACCAGAACCUAAUUCAGAACCGGAAGUAAAAGCUGAACCACAGCCAAAUUUAGUAUCUGAAGUCAAAGCUGAACCGGAGCCAAGUUCAGUAUCUGAAGUCAAAUCUGAACCAGAGCCAAAUUCAGUAUCUGAAGUCAAAUCUGAGCCAGAGCCAAGUUUAAUACCUGAAGUCAAACCAGAACCUGAACCUACUUCUGAGCCAGAAGUUAAAGCAGAGCCAGAGCCAAGUCCAGUACCUGAAGUCAACGCUGAACCAAAGCAUAGUUCAGAACCUGAAGUCAAAUCUGAACCAGAGCCAAGUUUAAUACCUGGAGUCAACCCUGAACCCGAACCUACUUCAGAACCAGAAGUAAAAGCAGAACCAGAGCCUAGUUCAGAACCAAAAGUAAAUGCAGAACCAGAGCCUAGUUCAGAACCAAAAAUAAAAGUAGAACCAGAAAUAAAAACACAAUCGGAACUUAAUUCAAAACUACAACCGGUACCUAGUGUAGAACAAGAUUCAAAAAGUUCUAUUGAUAACUUUGAAUCGUUGUCAGAUGUCGACAUUAGUUCUGAAUCAGAUUCUGUUGAACAAAUUAAUAACCCAUCUUUAAGUUCUUCGUCAGAAAAAUCAAAUUUAAAUAUUGAUCAAUCUGAUAGAGAAGCAAAAUCACAUUCAGAUGAAGUAUUCAGUCAUGAAAUCAAACCAGAAGUAACUUAUAGUGUGUCAACAGAAACUGAAUUUGAAGUAAAAACUGAGUCGGCAAUUAAAGAGAAUUCUAAACCUGCAGAAAGUUCUGAAUCAUUACUUGAUAUUAAUUUGAAUGAUCCAGAAGAAACCACUGUAGUUCCAUCGAUAACCGAAAACUGGUUGACUACUACUAUAUCUAGUAUUCCAAGCAUUCCUAAAUUACCUAGUGACCUGGAAGUAACUGAAAAGGAAAAUGGAUCUAUGGAAGACAAAAUAAAAACAGAAGUUUUAGGUUUUGAGCAAAUGGAAUUGAAAUCUGAAAAUAAAUCUACUAUCAUUGAUUUAAUAUCAGGAUCCCAAACUAAUAGUCCAGUUGAAGAAAUAACCGAAAUGCCAGAAAUAACUAUUUUAGAUAACGUAAAAGAUUUAUCAGGUGUAGUAACAGUUUCAACCAUAGAUGCAAGUUCAACUAUCAAGGAAAAUAUGAAUAUAUCUAUGAAAGAAUUGGAAAAUAUUACAAAUGAACAUGUUACUGAAUAUAUUGACAUGACCACUAUGCCUUCAACAAUAGAUCAAGAAUUAAUUAAGCCAUUGCAUAGUUCAGCAGAUCCAAAUUCUUUAGAAAAAAAACAUUCAGAUGAUUUGAUAACUUUAGAAAAAACUAGUAUACCAGACCCUACUAAAAAAUUACAGUCUUUAACAUCCCUGGAAGAUCAGAUGACUAAUUCCGCUCAUGUUGAAGUUUUAAGUACAUCUACUGAAAGUAAUAUAGACAAUUUCAACGAAAACAGUUCACCUGAUGAACAAGAUGCGAUUGAUCAAAUUAUAACACACUCAAGUGAAUCAAGCUUAUCAUCAGAUGUUGUUGUUGAUGAAAAUGACAAUAUGAGUGCAUUAGAUUUAUACCAAAAACCAGAAUCAAAGAAAAAAGACAAGAAAACUUCCAAAAAUCCUGAAUUUUAUUUAUCUGAUACUGGAUUUACAAAAAGAAACAAAACAAAAACAGAUAAAGAAAACAAAAAAAAUAAUAAAUCUGAUGUCAUGGAAAUGAUGCCAGAAUUAUUUAAUCCCAAUAAAUGUGAAGAAGGACAAUUCCAAUGUAUAAAUGGUACAACCAAAGAUGGUUCAUAUUGUAUAAAAAUGUCUUCAAGAUGUGACACAAAUAAAGAUUGUACUGAUAACUCAGAUGAAAAUGACUGUGUUGAAAAUGCUUGUUCUGGAAAUUUCCAGUGUAAAAGUGGAGAGUGUUUACAAAGAAAUCUAGUCUGCAAUAAUAUAAUGGAAUGUGAAGAUGGCAGUGAUGAACAAUCUUGUGAUUUAUGGAAGUGUGCCAAUGAUGAAAAACAAUGUAAUGGUGGUCAAUGUUUACCAGAAUCAUAUUUUUGUGAUGGAAAAUCUGAUUGUAAUGACCAUUCAGAUGAGCUACAAUGCAAUAGUACUUGUAAUGGGUAUCAAUGUUCUAACAGUUAUUGCAUAUCGAGUACUUUACGGUGCAAUGGAGUAAAUGAUUGUUCUGAAGGAGAGGACGAACAAAAUUGUGAAUGUAAUUCCAAUGAAUUUAAAUGUAAUACGGGCUCUGAAUGUAUUCCAAAAACUCAAGUUUGUGACAAUGUACCACAGUGUACAGACCAAAGUGAUGAAUGGCAGUGUGUUCAACUUGAUGGUGUUCAACUUUUUGCUAAAAAAGAAAGCGAAAUUGCUAUGAAGGUGUGCAGUAAUGAAUGGUCAGAAACUUGGAGCAAUUUUGUGUGUCAAAGUCUUGGAUUUACUGAAACAAAAACAACAAAUUUCCGACCAAAUGAAAACUCUACUGAAAACUUAGUAGGCUAUCUUAAGUUGAAAGAAAAUUCGACUUUAAAUAAUUCUAAGAGUUUAACAGAAUACCUUGAAGUAGCUUCGACGUCUUGUGAGACUGUGGAAAUUAAAUGUUCUUCUAAGCACUUGUGUGGAGAUUUUGGAGGUAAAGAUCCACUAUCAAUGGAAAUAUGGCCUUCCGUUGUCUACCUUCAUAACACAAAAACCCAUAAAUCGUGUACAUCUAGUCUUGUAAAACGGAAUUGGAUAUUAUCGUCUUAUAGUUGUGUACAUUCCACUGAUGAAUCUUUAUCGCCUGAACAAUGGGAAGCAAUUUCAAGCAAAUCUCGUGUAGCCAAUGAACAGAACUUAACAAAAAGAUCAGUUUCUAGGAUAAUUAGUCACCCUGGAGUGAAAUUCGAAAAAUUACGCUAUUUCAAUGACUCAGUAUUAGUAGAACUUAGCACACCAUAUGAUUUAUCAGAAGAAGUCAAUACAAUUUGUCUACCUGAAAAAGUUGUUGAUAACAAACAACCAUGUGUCACUGCCAGUUGGUCUUAUGAGUCUCCAGGAGUUUUCAAACAGUUUUCACGUUAUUUAUCCGAACCAUUAAUGCAAACAGAUUUGUGUAACUCAACAAAACACUUUAAUGGUUUCCUGACAGAACAAGAAAUUUGUGUUGCUUCGGGAGAAAUGGAAGCCAGUAAUAUGGAAAUUGGAUCACCAUUAAUGUGUUUGGCAGAGAAUGGAUUGUGGCAGGUACAAGGCAUGCUCAGUUACCGAGGUGGUUACGGCCGAUCAUCAAAACCAUCGCUUUACAACGCAAUUUUAGAAUCUGUACCAUGGAUAGAGAACACAAUAGCAUUUGGUGUAUAACAUGUUGUCUCAGCCAAUUACCCACUGCGGGACCAAAUGAUUAAUAUUAUAAAAGUAUUUAAUAAUAAUAAUGAAACGACGACCGCUAUAUUAUUAUCAUCUAUAGUGUCGUAAUUUAUACUUUUUUUUUAAAUGGGAUAUUAUAUUAUAUUUAUAUAAUAUAAUGUUUUUGAUUUUUUAAGUAUCUACAUUAAAUUUUUUUUUUUUUUACUUACGUUUUAAGAGAAAUUACUCAUUUAAACUUAUCUAAUUUUACGGUAUAUUAUGUAUACAGUUAAUUAAUAUUUUAAUUCAUAGGCUUUUAUAAUACGGCAUGUUUUUGACACGAGUAUACAGCGAGUUGCCAUAUAGAAAUAUUAUUCAUGUCUGUAAAAUAUUAUCCGUCCAUUUAUUAUUAUUAUUAUUAUUUUGUAUUUUAUUAUUAACCAGUAUAAUAAUAUAUACGAACAUGUUCCUUCGGUCGACCGUUUACAUUGUUUCGUGUGUUGGACACGCGAUCAUAUUAUAAGCUUCAUUAGUUUCGUUUAAACGACUGUAUGUCAGUUGUACAACGGUCUCAUCAACGUAAACGCUCGUUAAAUCCAAAAUUAUAUCUUUUAUACUUGUUUGUAAUUAUUAUAAAAUUUUUGUAGUUGUGCUCAAGAAUAUUAUAUUUUAAUAUAUUAUUAUUUUAUAACUUUAUAAGUGAUGUGAUUUGUUUUAAAGUUUGAUACACUUUGAUGUAUCAACAUUUAUAUGUAUAUAUUAUAUGUAUAAUCAUAAAAUAAUACAUAUUAAUAUAUUAUACAGAACUACCAAUAUCAGUUAGAUUUUUCUAUAAAAAUAUACUCAAUAUUAAAAUUAAAUAAAUAUAUUGUAUUAAUUGUAUGAUUUUAAAUAAAAUAAAGUUGAUUUACAUACUA